AUGUGGAGCGCGUUUAUGAACGGCUCGGGGCUGCAAGGUGGGGGCGGAGCUGGUGGGGGCUACGUCCAGUCUCAGGGAUGGGAGUUUGUGCCGUGCUCCAGGAUGGAUGGAGCCGAUAGAGGAGGCAGGGGGAAAAAUCGCAGCCCGUCGAGGAGGAUCUCCUCCCCGCCUACCGUCUUCAGUCACAUCUACGACUCUCAGUUCUCCGCUCCACCGGGCGGAGGAGACGGUGGAGCGGGGACACAGCUUGAGAUCCUCAGGGGACAAAUGUGGCCGGGUGCCGAACACCACCACCAGCAGCAGACACAACACACACGGCUGAAAAAGAAGUUUGAGGAUUUGAAAAAGCGACACGUACAGGAUAAGGAAGAAUGGAUGCGAGAGAAGGAGUCGUUGUUGAGAGAAGUUGCUGACAUACAAGGAGGGGAGAACAGGAGGAUUCUGCUCGAACUGAAGACGGUUUUGGAGGACGUGCAGGUGGAGGUGAAGAAAGAGGAGGAGAAGAGGAGCGAGCUCCAGCUGCAGUACACCAGAGACAGAUGUGCCUGGGAUCUGGAGAAGGCUGAGCUCAAAUGCAGGAUUGCACAGUUGGAGGCUAGAGAGGGUGCUGGGUUGAUCAGCAGUGGGGUCCAGUCGGCAGCAGGUUGUGGCUCUGUGGCGUCACGGUGCGCUCGAGAACAGCACGGCGAGACAUCGACACUCCGACGGGAGAGGGAAGAACAGCGGAGGCUGCUGGUGGACACACACUCAACAGCCAUGGACCUGCGCUGUCGCCUGGAGCACAAUGAGAGGGACUGGUUAAGAGAGAAAGCAGAGCUGCUGGAGAGGUUUGACGUGGAGAGGAGGGAAUGGGAGUGCCAGCUGAAGGAUAUGCAAAGGAAAAUAGAACAGCUGUACUGUGACGUGGGAACCAAGCGAGUAGGGCAGGGCAGUGGGAGGCAGGACGACCAUGAUGAUGCACACAGGCUGAGCAUACACUCAACCAGCACCGGCUCCAGUCUGCUCAGUGACAACGACCCACUUAGCAGCAGCAGUCAGUCAGAACCACUCAGACAUCCACUUUUACCUGGUUUUGGUCGCAACAGAGACAUCAGUGGCAGUGAUUAUGUUGGUAGAGAUGGUCACCACUCCAGCUGCUUUCAAGCAGACAGCCUCUGUGGAUAUGAUGAUGAUGAUGUUGGUCAGUUCACUCAGAAUGACCAUACAACACCUGAGCUGGUGAAUGACUUUAGUUCCAGAGGCACUUGGCAGCAAGACUCAGCCACUGAUGGCAAGGAAGCUGUGGAUACAAUAGAGCUAGAUGCUAUGUUUCAUGGAGCGCUGCAGAACAAUGUCUCAAACAGUAAUGAAACCAAUGUCCAUGUUCAUCCUGAAGAAAGGCCUCUUUGUGCAGAGCUGAGUUACGGCAGCGAAAAGAAGAAGAACACCACUGCUCUCAAUGCAGCUCUGAAGGAGAUAGCCCGUGUAAGUGAGGAGCUUUGCAGCUACCAGGAUGAGAUCAGAAAGAAGAGUGGGGAUAAGAGGAAUCAAUCUGAAACCCUUUGUCUAACUGAGGAGAGCGAGAUGUUGUUUGGCCAUGAUAAAACCCGGCUGGAGGUGGAUGAAGCUCCUUGCGACCUCAACCAGAUUUACGAUGACCUUCGGGCCUUGGAGAGGGAAAACUGGAUCACCUUGUCUCCAGAAAACACCUGGAGGGCCGUCAGAGGGCAGAGCAAAUCGUGGAUAGCAAACACUGCUGAUCCAGAAAGCAACAGAGAAACAAAGACGAGCCCUGGAUUACUCUCAGAGAUCGAUCCAGAAGGUCCACCUGUCCCUCCCCGCACCUCCUCCUGGAAUCUGAGCUCCCCCACUUAUUCAGACACAGAACUUCACAUCCCAGAAUCCCCCGUGAUGACAGUGAGGAAGUGCCAUAGCCCCUGUGUUGUAGUUGACAAAAAAUGUAGCAGCCCAUCUAUUGUCAGGAAGUUUGAGGCUAUGCUACAAGAAAACGAAGGAAAGGUGUUGGUAGACGGUGUUGUUGCAGCGUGCGUUGUACCUGCUAACUCUGAAUGUAUUAAUAAGGGCUGCUGCCACAACCGCUGGUCCUGUGAUGCAAGCAAGUUCACAAGCAGUAAGCUAUCAACAUAUGGGACUGUCCAGAAAAGCUUCUCUGAAGUCAACAUAUUGACUGCUGGCAAACACUGUCCUGGGGUUGGGAACCUAAAAAAGCCUGAGCUUCAAAUACCUCAGAUUGUCAAAGAAUUACCUUUAGAUUUGCUCUUGUCCUCUCUUGAAAUACCACCUGCCGGCCCCAACCUCCAGGGCUCCAAAAGAAACAUAAUGCUGGAACAAAAAACAGCUGAGUUCAACAGAACUUUGUUUCAGGCUGAGAUGGGCCGUGACGUAGAGAAACAGGACAGUUUGACAGUAACAGAUGCCUGCUCUGUGGGUUUCCAACCAGUGUUUUUACCAACUUGUGCAUCAGAUGAAAUAUCACCUCCCAGGGAGACAACAUCUCAGCCACUUUGUACUGAUGUCACCACCAGUGUCAUGGAUGUGCAUCCUGGAAUCACAUUGUCUUUUUCCACCUCAAAUUCCAAAAUGCAGAAUCCCGAGCUCCAAUCAAGGCGAAUGAGAUGCGGUGCUGAAGGUCAAGAGGGGAAAAUGAAGCAAGGAAUCCCUUCUGACCUUUCAUCUGAGCAGCCACAGAUUGGACUCACGGAGACAACAACAAAAGCGUCUCAGAGUCCUGCACACCAUUGUGAGGUCAAGCACAAAGUUCAAACAGCAAGUGGUCCUUUCAGGAAAGCACAACACAGAGCGGCCACAGAGCCUGUCUUGCCUGCAAAUACCCAGCCAGGUCAGGGUGUGGAUGGUUCCAGCUCCAAGAAUGAGAAUUCCCAUGGAGCAAAGCCUCAGUCAGCCAGAGUUGGUGUCUCUCUCCGGCAGCCGUCUGCUGAGAACCAACAAAGACAGAUGACACAGCCAGUGCACCAGGAACAGCUAAGGCAUGCGUCUGUUCUUCCCUCCCAGCCGGACUCCUCCAGACCUGGGCCUCGAAUCAUGAAUGACCAUCCCUGGAAGGCUCUCACUCUGGCUGCGUACCCACGGCCCGAGGGAUCCAGAUCCAACUACGGAGCUGUGGAGAAGAUUCUGAGGAAUUAUGAGAGUGCAGCUCGGGCUCACCAGAACCAGAGCCAACCCAACGAGAUGGCUUCUAGUCCUGACGCCAGUGUCAGGCAGGAGGAGAACGUGACAAAACUGGACAUGACGGACGUGGACCCUCUGCCCUUACCUCCAACUCUGAGACACACACAGACUUCAUACUCCUCACAGAAGCACACCACACAUGCACAGUUCAGCAGCCACAGUGCCAUGGGAUUGAAAGAAUUACAUCUAACAGUGCAGGAGAACGAUGUGACCGCUGUCUCCUCCUCUGUUCAGAAGAACUUCUCCAGGCCUGCCCGUCCAGCCAACCAACGCCUCCCCUCCAGAUGGGCCAGCCGCUCCCCCAUUUCCUCCCCCACUUCCUCCUCCUCUCCCUCUACCACCCCUGCUGUGCCUCCAUCCUACUCCGUCAAGAAACUCAGUUCCUCUUUGAACUACUCACACGCCUUUCGCAUAGAGACUGUCAUUAUUUGAACUCCACCUCCACGUGUGAUUAAACCAAUGAGAAGCCCUCAGUGAUAACCUGUAAAAACUGAACAUUUCUUUUCAUUACUAUUGUACAUACAUCACCCAGACUGCUUCUCCACUCAUACAGACCCAAAAGUGCUUUAGUUGUGAGUUCACCAACCUACCUUUUAGAAUGUAUGUGGCAUCCGGUGGAGCCUAACUGACCAGGGAAGGCACCAAAAAGGAUCUGAAGCAGCUUCACUUAUUCAGCAGUGCGCUCCGAUGAACCUGCCUGAUGAACCAGGCAUCAUGCAUAGCCUCAGAGGACAGUGAAAACGCAUCAUUCAUUCUAGCCUUGCAGAUAUACCAACAGACCUUCCACUACUGCUUCUGUUCUAUAUACUGUAUUUACACCUUUAAAGUGAUGCUUGGUCAUAUUCAAAUGAUCCAAAAACUUCCAGACAAAAUGAAAUCCUGAAUGAUGUAUUUAAUAUGUACUGUAUUUUGUUUGCAACAUGUUUUGUGUGUUUUUUGCACAAACUAUCAUGUUACAUACACAAUAUGCAGCAUCAUGGAUUCAUGGAUGGAGAUAAGGGCAGUGGAGCAGAGAUUCCUCCCCUAGCAUCACUCUGUGUGCUGAAUUAAGCAGUGUUUGUUUCUGCCUUCUUGAAUAUUUCCUACAGUACAUGCCUGGACAGUACCUUGCCUGUGACAUUUUGCUUUACAUUCAUAACUGGCUUUACAUUUUUCAAGAUUACAGAAACGCAAAAAUGUGAAUUUGAGUUCCUUUUUUAUAACUUUGUACCAAAGGCUGGUUUCUUUUACUGCAUUAUCCUGAUUUGAAGAAGAAAUACAUCGUUUGUAACAGCAUUUAUUUUUGCUGUCUCAUCCAUCGCUAAUUUUUUUCAAUCAAAAUGUAUGUUAAAACACCAUUCACGAGAGACCGCUUUUGUGCUUAACAUAAAUAACGAUGCUUAUGGAAGACUUAGAUUAAAAGGCCUUUUUCUACUUUUACUAAUUCUGAAUGGUCACAUAUGAGGACAUUACUCAGCUGAGUAGUACAGUCAGUGUUUGGGUCAAAGUGGUGAAUCAUAUCAUGAUAAAGGUGAUACCUUUGCUGUUCUUUUUGUGUAAUAAACAUAAG